AGGACUGAAGGAGACCAGAGACCAGCAUGUCGGACCAGUCAGGGUUUGACACGGACGUAUGGACCCUGACCCGGUUCGUCAUAGAGACCGGACGCCAGGCCAAGGGGGCGACCGGCGAGCUCACCCAGCUCAUCAAUGCCAUUCUGACCGCCAUCAAAGCCAUUUCUUCUGCUGUGAGAAAGGCAGGCCUGGCCCACCUGCAGGGCUUGGCGGGCUCGGUGAACGUGACGGGGGACGACGUGAAGAAGCUGGACGUUCUGUCCAACGAGAUGGUCAUCAACAUGCUGCAGGCCUCCUACAGCACCUGCUGCAUGGUGUCUGAGGAGAACGAGAAGCUCAUCAUCACGCCCAAAGACAAGAGGGGGAAGUACGUUGUGUGUUUUGACCCUCUGGACGGAUCCAGUAACAUCGACUGUUUGGCUUCUAUCGGCACCAUAUUUGCCAUCUACAAACGGGUCUCGGAGGGUGAGCCCACAGAGAAAGACGCCCUGCAGCCGGGACACAACAUCGUGUGUGCGGGCUACACUCUGUACGGCAGCGCCACGCUGGUGGCCCUCAGCACCGGGGCCGGCCUCAACUUCUUCAUGUUGGACCCUGCCAUCGGCGAGUUCAUCCUGACUGAGAAGAACGUGAAGAUCAAGCCGAAGGGGAAGAUCUACAGCCUCAACGAGGGAUACGCAAAGUACUUCCACCCGUCCAUCAACGAGUACCUCAAGCACAAGAAGUACCCAGAGGAUGGCAGCGCUCCCUACGGAGCUCGUUAUGUGGGCUCUAUGGUCUCAGAUAUUCACCGCACCCUCGCCUACGGUGGGAUCUUCAUGUACCCCGCCAACGAGAAGAGCCCCAAGGGAAAGCUGCGGUUGCUGUACGAGUGCAACCCCAUAGCCUUCCUCGUCGAGCAGGCGGGAGGCAUCGCCACCACCGGCACCCAGAGGGUCCUGGACGUUCAGCCCGAGAGCAUCCACCAGCGGGUUCCCUUCGUGGUCGGCUCCCCUGAUGACGUCAACGAGUACCUGAGCUUUGUCAAAAAGUACCCGUGAUUUACUUCAGGAUUCUGCAAAUAUUUCAAUAAGA